AAGUGUUCAUCCAAAAAAUAAACUGAAUUUACGCCCUUUGACAAGACUCAAACUGUGGCUUUAGUUUAACUGCAGUUACUGCAAAACGCACAAGAUCCAAGAAUUCAGUCACGUGUAUCAAGGAUACCCUGUUUUCCUUUCAAAGUGUGAAAGCAGACAGACUUUCCAGAAACUGAAGGAAGACGACCAUCAGCUCUCUCCUCUGGGUGCUAGGAACAACCAGCAACAGGCAGGUAAAACAUUAACUUUUGUUCUGCUGACAAGAUACUGUCCCCUGCUUCCUUAUUAGUGGAAACAGUAGAAAGUGUGUGUCCAGAUGUCAUACUAAUGGAAGAGAGGAGUUUGGUGGUUUCCAAGGCGACCCGUAAACCAACAUCUUUGGGUCUUUGGCCAAUCAGAGGGAGGGCAUUUUCAGCCGGAGCCAAAUGCAGCUCAAACACACAUCAGCCGCCUUUAUCAGAUGAAAAACUAGCUUCAGGAUAACAGCUCGCCCUGAUUGACAUUUUGCUCCAUUUUAUUUGCUCCAUUUUUCCUGUCUCUUUUUAAAAAAAAGAAUGCCACAGGCUGGGCUGACAGGCGUUUUCUUUGGAAAACUUCAUACCAGAUCCACGUCUUCAUCGAAGGCUUUUUCGCUUCUUCCCUUCUAAGUCCGGUCAUCUCUCUCUUCUGUGUUCGAGCGUCAGCUUUUUUUGGGUCCUUUCUGGCGGAGGUUAAUGGCGAAGUUUCAGUUGGUCCAGGUCAAAGUGAACUGGACAGCAUUCCUGGUUGUGGCCCACUUCACCUACCUGCUGGUAGGGGCCACCAUCUUCCAGAUUCUGGAGCGAGAAGCCGAGAGCAACAACAGGAACCACUUCCAACUGGAGAAGCUGAAUUUCCUGGCAAACUACACCUGCCUUGAUGGACCAGCCCUGGAGAACUUUGUCAAGGUGAUUUUAUACGCCUGGGAAAAGGGAGUGAACCCGUCCGGGAACUCGACGAACCCCAGCAACUGGGACUUUGGCAGCUCCUUCUUUUUCGCUGGCACGGUUGUCACGACGAUAGGAUACGGCAACCUGUCCCCCAGCACCAUGUCCGGCCAGGUGUUCUGCGUCUUUUACGCUCUGUGCGGGAUCCCGCUGAACCUGGCCUUCCUCAAACAGUUGGGCAAGUGUCUGACCGUCCACCUGGGCCGGCUGGAGAGGGGCAUGGUGGCAGUGGUCCCCCACCAGCGAGCCGUUGAGGCUCUGGCGGUGAGUUUGUUCUUCCUCACGGGCAGCCUGCUGUUCCUGGUCAUCCCCCCGCUGCUGUUCAGCUACGUGGAGGGCUGGACCUUCGGCGAGGGCUUCUACUUUGCCUUCAUUACUCUCAGCACCAUUGGCUUUGGCGAUUACGUGGUGGGGACGGACCCAGGAAAGGAGUACAUCUCUCUGUACCGCAGCCUGGCAGGCAUUUGGAUCAUUUUCGGGCUGGCUUGGAUCGCCCUCAUCCUCAAUAUGGGAUCCAGAAUCAUGGAGAAUGUGGUUGUCCUGACGCACCCAGGCUUUAAAAAGCAGGAGGAGGAAGAGGAGGAGGAGGUGUCCUCCAGUAAACUAGAAGACGUAUCAAAGAUCUGA